AUGAGAGAUGAGACAGAAAGAGAUGAGAUAUUGAGAUUACUGGAGGAAAAAGAAGAGACCGGUCUGAGUUCAACAGUAUCCACAACAACAACCCAUCAACGCUCGAAGAUAACGCCGGUGAGAUUAAAUCCGGCGAGAUUAACUCCGAUAUAUGGCAGUGGUAUGACGGCUGCUACUAGAUUGUGUUUGUCCCUUGAGUGGAUAGAGCUGUCUGUUUCGGGGUCGUUGCCACCUCCUAGAUAUGGUCAUACAGCCACCAUGGUUGAGAAAAGUUUACUUGUUUUUGGUGGCCAGGAACCAAAAACAUUUUUUUUGCUUGAGCUGAUAACAACCAAACUGCGAUUAUUGUGUGUGGUAUGGUUAUCUUUGACAGGAGGUGGUGGCCCUAUCAUGGGUGAUCUGUGGGCUUUGAAGGGUCUAAUAGAUGAAGGUAAUUAA